UGCAAGCAUGGGCUUUCCCUCAUUUGGCGAGACCACAACUUCGCAAUGCAAUCUCCAGUGGGGUACCGACACAAGACCCUGGACUGUAAGCUGCUGCAUCUGCCAUGCUUUAGCCCACUCACCCAGCCUAUCCAAGUCACCUUGCAGCCUCCUAGCAUCCUCCCCACAGCUAACACUGACUCCGCUGUGUUGCAGGUGAAGAAGGCCCUGUGCGUGCUGAUCCACCACAACUUCGGGGCGUACCGGCUGCACAAGCGGGGCCACGUGGAGUACGAGGCGCAGGGCCCGCAGGUGCUGCGCCUGCUGCGAUUCCCCCGCUACAUCUACUGCGCCAAGACCCUGUACGGCGACACUGGCGAGCUGAUCGUGGAGGAGCUGCUGCAGAACGGCAAGAUGCACAUGAGCAGCGCCCUGCGCAGGGUCACCGAGCGGCUGCACGAGGCCAGCACAGACCGUGAGAGUGUGGAGCUGGGGGAGGCGGGCGAGACAUUCGUUCGUCUGGUGGAGACCCACUUCCUACACAAGUGCGGCCUGGUCCCUGAGCCGGCAGCAGCCCCCGGGGCCCGGCCCCCACCCCCCCCCCCCACCCUGCUCACCGACGAGAAGGACCUGUACACCCUGCCCGACCUCAGCAUCCUGGCCCAGGGCAAGCGUCGGCGUCGAGGGUCCGGGGACAGUGAGCAGCCCCAGGCCAAGAGAUCGCGGCACCAGCCCGCGGAGCAUGAGAUGAUGGGGGUCUCCUGGCAAGUCAACUUUGAGCGAUUCCACCAGCACUUCCGUGACCAGGCCAUCGUGGCGGCUGUGGGCAGCAAACUGGACCAGACCAGCAGCGAGAUCGUCAGGACCAUGCUCCGAAUGAGCGAGGUGACCACCUCCUCCAGCAGCUGCUCACACCCACCCCUCUCGUCUAAUGAGAUAUUCCGAGCUUUUCCCGCUGGCUACAACCUCUCCAAACAAGUGCUGGACCAGUACCUCACGCUGCUGAGCGAUGAUCCCAUGGAGUUUGUGGGCAAAACGGGUGACAGUGGCGGUGGGAUGUUUGUCAUCAAUCUCCACCGCGCCCUGGCGGCGCUGGCCUGCGCCACGGUGGAGUCGGUGGUGCAGGAGAACGCCAUGUUCGCUCUCGCGUCGGCCCGGAUUUUCCGUCUCCUACUGACGGAAGCGCCCACCUGGCCGCAGAAGCAGGUGGAGGAGUUUUGCCAUGAUCCUGCACGCCCCAGGCCAAGGAGGCCAGGAGAUGGGGUUAUCGCAUGCUGUCCCGAUAACUUCAUCAGCCUGCAGGAGAUCCCCAAGACACCUGACCACGCGCCUUCCAGAACCUUCUACCUGUACACGGUCAACCUGCAGGCAGCGGCGCGCAUGAUACUGCAGCGUUGCUACAAGACCGUGGUGAAUCUAAUCGAACGUCGGGAACACGAGACACGGGAGAACAAACGUCUACUGGAGAAGUCCCAGCGAAUCGAGGCCAUCAUGGCCUCCAUGCAGGCGACGGGCGCAGAGGAGCUACAGCUGCAGGAGAUCGAGGAGAUGAUCACUGCCCCCGAGCAGCAGCAGCUGGAGAGCCUCAAGCACAAUGUCAACAUGUUGGAUUCGAGUGAAAAUCAGGUGGACGAGACAAUAUUUAUACUGGAGUCCUACAUCGCUACAACUCGGAUUGAAAAGGAACAGCCGCAGAAGCGAUGAGAAGCAGCCCACUCCGUAUCCCCAUCGUCGGUGGGCCACAGACCAGCCUAGAGAUCGGACGGACGGCCCCGAAUGGACGAGCUAAAUUAAAAAAAUGUUUCUUUAUAAACAAA